GAGCUAUGAAUGGCCCGCUAAUUCUGCCGUGCGCCAUGACGGGGUAGUACUAUGUAAGUGUGCAGAGACGGGACCCGGCUAAGCCCCGACAUCCGACCAUGUGAGAACGCGGUUAAGCAGCGAACGUUGCCGAACCUUCCCCGACUCCGUGCUUCCAACGCCGACCGACAACCAGUGCGAUGGCAAGCCAAGCCGAACCCCUGAUCACCGAUAGGGAUCGCGACCCGGGGCCCGAGUCAGACCACGACGGUGGGUCCGCGACCAGCCAGGCUCCGGAUGCGCCGCCUGGGCUCUUCAUCUGGCUCCUAACCCUGUCCGCUUGCCUGAGCGGCCUGCUGUUCGGAUAUGACACGGGCGUCAUUUCCGCGACCCUCGUGUCAAUCGACAAGUCGCUGUCAGGCCGACCGCUUACAUCCCUCGACAAGUCCAUAAUCACGUCAUCGACCGCGCUCCUGGCGCUCCUCAUCUCCCCGUUCUCGUCGGUCCUCGCCGACGCCUUCGGCCGCAGGCACGUCAUCCUCCUCGCCGACGUCCUCUUCGUCGUGGGCGCCGUCGUUCAGGCCGACAGCUCGACCGUGUCCUCCAUGGUCGUGGGCCGCUCGGUAGUGGGCGCCGCGAUUGGCGCGGCCAGCUUCGUGAUCCCACUCUACAUCGCCGAGCUGGCGCCGGCGGCGCACCGCGGCCGGCUGGUCACGAUGAACGUCUUGUUCAUCACCCUCGGUCAGGUCGUGGCCUAUAUCGUCGGCUGGGUGUUCGCCGAGUAUGGGAGCAGGGAGACGGGAUGGAAGUGGAUGGUCCUCCUGGGCGCCGUGCCGGCUGCCGUCCAGAGCAUCCUCAUCUUGUUUAUGCCCGAGACUCCACGAUGGCUGGUGCGCGCAGGCAGAUCGGCAGAGGCCCUAGCGGUCAUCCGGCGGGUCUUAGGAGGCAGCAGCGGGACCGCAAGGAUUGCAGAGACUACACUGAAGAGCAUCGAGAUGGAGAUUCGAGAGGAAGAUGAGACGAGGCGGCUCAACAGGCCCCACCCCUCGAGUGACCGUUUCAGGCUGUUUGGCCGCUUACGGGAAUUGUUCGCGACAAGGAGAAAUCGCCGCGCAUUGGCGAUAGCCUGUCUGCUUCAGGGACUUCAACAGCUUUGUGGUUUUAACUCCUUAAUGUACUACUCGGCGACCAUAUUUACGCUUCUGGGCUUUAGGAUCCCAACUCUUACCUCCUUGGUAGUCGCCGUCACCAACUUCGUCUUUACACUCGCCGCCCUCUUCCUCAUCGAUCGAAUUGGUAGGAGACGAGCGCUGCUAUACUCCAUACCAUUCAUGGCCGCGGGCCUCUUAUUCGCAGCCGUCGGAUUCUCGUUCAUCGAGCUCCCAUCCGACUCCCAGCCAACAGUGUCAACAGGGCCCUCAGGCCAGGGCGCUGCGCUCCUCAUCCUUAUCAGCAUCGCAAUCUACGUCGCAGCAUACGCGAUAGGACUGGGAAAUGUUCCGUGGAUGCAGAGCGAGCUCUUCCCCCUCAGUGUGCGCGCCGUGGGAAGCGGCAUUUCGACGGCGACCAAUUGGGGAGCCAACUUCAUCAUCGGGUUGACUUUUCUGCCGCUGAUGGACAUCUUGACCCCGCCGUGGACAUUUACGCUCUAUGCAUCCAUCUGCGCGAUCGGUUACGUCCUAAUAUGGAGGGUUUAUCCUGAGACAACGGGCCUCAGCUUGGAGGAGGCCGCGAGCCUUCUAGAAGACGAUCAAUGGGGAGUUCGUUGACCUAGUUGGGUUGAGAUGUGCCUCGGCGAGCAGAAUGACGAGUAAUGAAACGCAGCUACAUUACUGAGCUGCCCUGCUUCAUAGAGGCACCAGGAUUCAAGGGCUCUACAGACCAACACGCAGGAGCCUCGGACUGUUCCAGAUAGCGAGGUCUGCCUAUAGUAAACCGUAUGACUGGUAUGGUUAAGUCCAAAGGCGUGUUCGGAGUAUCCGUAAAUACCUUACCAAAUCGGGGCCGAAGAACGGCUUGACGGCAAUAACAGACAUAAUUAUUGUCUCGGUGAAAACAUGGCAGAAUUGUGACAAUUCAACGAAGUCCAAACUUCAGGGUGGCAAGGGGUGUCAUUUCACUAGCUAAUACCACCCUUUCCGGCUGUCUGACGGCCAUUAAGAACUAGAAAAUAUCCGUUGAGAGUACGGAGUACGUGCCUCGCCAGACAAA